UUCCAACCGCUGGACGCUGAGUUCGUCGUCGAAGCCGACAAUGGCGACAUGGACGUGCUAAUGCAAGAAAUAUUCUUGUCCCCGGAUGCCCAUGCUCUGUAUGUUUCUCUGUAUGUCAGGGGAAACCCUGAGGAGCGUAAAAUGAAUGAGAGUGGAAGAAAUCAAAGGGAAUACAGCGAAAGAAGGAAAAGUAAGCGACUAUGGAGUCCUUUCUAGGCCAGGAGGGAAUUUGUAGUUCAGAGCAUACUGGUUCUGUAAACGUUUACAAUUCGUCAUAAUAUGAUGCUUUUCGCUCCUAUAGAGCGAUGACGUCUUAGGCCUAAUUGUGGAUGAAACGAAUCGGUAUGCCACUAAAAUGUCUGAUGCUUUCCAGGCUGUAUGGAACUAAUGUUUAUGAAAGGAGAUUGGGACUUGUGGGCCCAAUUGUAAUAAUAAGUUGAAUUAUGGCUUAAAAAAAGGUAUUUUUUUUUUAUUUCAUACUGUAAAAAAUCAAUUCAAUUUACAAUCUGGGAAAUGAAAAAUCCAAUAAUUAUGUUAGGGUUACGAAUUAUCGAUUCAAUUGUAAUCGAUUAACGUUACAGAGUUUAUACUAUUUACGAAAAUGCUUUCACCGGUUGAUUUAUUUAAUUAAAAUAAUAAAAUCUAUUAGAAUUAGAGUAUUAAGAGUUAAAACUAAUUAGUUAUCUACAUAAUUAAUAUUAGACGAUUCACAUUUACUAAUCGAUUAUUGAAUUUUCAAUCUGUGCUAACUCUGACUUGACAUGAUUCGAUAUCGAUAUAGAGCAUGAUUGCAUAUGCUCUAUGACAUCGAUCGACAUUCGUUUCGUAUCGUCUGUGCGUGUGCGUUCUGAGUGUCAUUUGUUUUCCUCCCGUUUUGUUUUUGUUUUUAUUGAUAAUUAUUAUUCCUCGACCCGGCUUCCCGGAAGAUCACAGGUCCGUAACCUGUGAUCUUCCUCCUUCUACGACCCUUGCCUUUCUACCAUACUGGACACCGAGAACCCCGCUUAAACGUUGAGCUUGGACUUGUUAUUUUGGAUUCUACGAACGGCCUACUGAUAGGAUAUAUUGAUCGACAUCAUGGAUCGUUGUAUAAAUUGUGGUAUAGCGACUAGUCGCUGCAAUACACUAGGGUAUCGAGCUUUGGAUGACGAAAUGAUAUUAGCAGUGGUUGCGAUAGAAGUUACCAGUCGCAUAUGUCAUGCUUGUUGGGUGGCUGCAGACAGAGCUGCUGUCCAUAUGGUCUCACGCCCAUCAACUUCUUCCCAAGCAAGUCGAAUGGAAGAAAUACCAGUACAAUUUCUUGCUGUUGAUGAAACACAGCCCCGGGAACAAGUUCUUGCUGCUGACUCUUCCACUGAAGAAGUACAUCCGCCACCAGUACAAGUUCGUGCUGUUGAACUUCCAGUUGAAGUAAUACAGCCACCGGCACAAGUUAUUGCUGCUGACCCUCCAAUGGAAGAAGUUAGAAGAAAUCAGCAGGAACCUACUAUUGUAUUACCAGAUUACAUAAGAGCUAUUGAAACAGAAAGGAGGUGCUUUAUUGAAGGAUGCCAGAGAACAGAGAGGUACAGGGUUCCACUUUCUACCAGAAAAAUGUUGCUCAGUCGGUAUAAAUAUUAUGUCCCUGAGAAUAAUCGUCUGUGUGAUAGACAUUUGGUUAUAGAAGCAUGGGAUUUUCUUACCAGUUUGAGAAAUAAUUAUGUACAGACUUUUACAGCAAAACAUAUCCAGGACAUGUUGUCCUUAAAAGAAGUUGUACAAUCAGGAUUACUUCAUUUUAAAAGUAUAGAUGAUAUGGAAGACCAUGUCAUUCACACAUGGAUAGGGUUGAACAAAACACAGUUCCAUCAAAUGUUUAAUGAGGUCCCUCAGUUAUUAGAAAUACCUAGAGCAUCCCUAGCUUUAGCAGCAUAUUUAAUUAAACUUAGAACUGGGGAUUCUAAUGAGAGGUUGUCGACUUUAUUAGCAGUCUCUAGGCGAACUCUAGAAAAGUGGUUGCACCAAGUGAGAGAUCUGCUCUAUGAGUAUUUUGUACCUAGACACCUAAGUUUACACCACAUUAAUAAGCAACAAAUUGUGCAAAGAAAUCUUUCAAUACCUAAAACAUUGUUUGGUAACUUUGAGGGAGUUGAUAGGCCCAUUGUACAUCUAAUAUAAAAAAAAAAUAAAAAAAAAUAUUUGAUGGAACAUAUU